AAAAGAAAACAAAGGGGACCAAAUCAAAGGAAUUUACAAAAUGGAAGAAGUUGACGAAUUUCCUUUCCAUUUUCUUUCAGGCGUAUCUGACUCUGAAUUAAACCAUUUUUUUCAGUGAAUGAUUCUGAAUUAAACUUGCUUCCAAAAAUUUAUUCCAAAAAAUAGUGGGACCCAUUUUGCCAAGUGGACCAACUAGAGUCAACGCACUCAUCACUCGGGGCAUUUGACCCAUUUUUAGAUCCUUCUCUGCACGUUCUCCUUUUUUUACCUUCUUCUUCUUAUGUAGUAAAAUCCAGAAAGCAACACAAAAAAGCAGUUUGUGUUUUUCUUUCUUCUUUCUUUUCUUCAAUCUCUUUUGCUUUCAUAGAUUUCAUGGUCCAAAAACCACAAGGCUCAAAUAAUCAAAACUUCUUUUGGGUUUUCUUCUCAACAGCUGAAGAAGACCUUAUAAAUAAAGAGGAAAAAUAAUAAAUGUAUCCAAGGGUGAAGGUGAGGCAACAAGAGGACCAAGAGGAUCAAUAUGGAGUAUACGAUGUUCAUACAUCAGUUGAGGAGGAGGAGGAAGAUGUUUCUCCACCAUCCAUUGCAAAAGUUCCAAAAUCUUACAUGCCGAGUGUAGCUAUACCAACAAUUUCUGUACCUGAAGAAGCAGAGAAGAAAAACGAGAAAUUUGAAGAGGAUAAUCAACAAAAUAUUAGAGCGAGUUCAAUACCUCGGCCACGGGCUGUAUUAUCAAGUCCAAAUAAUGAUGUAGUUAUUGGGAAUAAAAACAGAGUCAAAACAGAAAGGCCAUCGGUUUUGAAGAAUCGUAAGACAAUUCAAAAUAGACAUGCACUAUGUAAGGUUAUCCCAAGCCGGACAGCAGAAAAUUCUAUGAACAUGAAAAAGUCCAAGGAGGUUCCGGAUGAGAGCAAUCUUAAAGGCAAAAAAGCAUCAGCAGUAACAGUUCCAAGUCAGAGACGAAAUCCUAGAACCGGGAAACCAAGCUCUAUUAGAAUUUGAGUGUUUGUUUUUUGUAAUUGCCAUUGUAUCAAGUGCUCAUACUUGAUGGAAUAUACUGAUACAGAGCGUUGUUAGCGUUUGCUUCAUUGUAAUUUUAUUUCACAUGAUAGAAUUUGCAGAAUCAAUAUUUUAUAUUCAGCUUCUGCAUAAGAAUAAUUUUUGUCCAGUUUC